AAUCGCACAGUUUGUUUUUGUGAGCGAGCGAAUGGAGCACGCUUUUUCUACUCCGCUCCCGUUAAUUAAUUGAUUAAACACGACUAACCAUAAAAGGACAUUUUGGAACUAUUUGCGUGCAAAUGUAAUAUGUUUGUUGCUUACGUGUCAACUUUUUAAAACAAACAGCUGUUCGUGUGGACUAAUUAGUUUAGUUAAAAACUAAAGAAAAAGAAUAAAAAGUGAUUGGUACCUGUGGAAAGGGCGCAACAAUUGCAGGCGAACAAAAGGCAGGCAGGCAGCCAGGCAGUAACAAGGAGAAACGAAAACAAGAGAGUGUGAGAGCGAGAGCGAAAGAGAGCAAAAUGACGGACGAAUGCAUUACAAGAACAUUCAGUGUUCUGAGAGCAAGCAACAGCAACAACAUCAUCAAUGCUGAUAGCAUUGAUGCACAGGGCGAAGCGAGCUCUAAUUCAGCCGGAGUUGUUGGUGGUGCAGCCUCUGCUGCUAACUCUGCUAACGCCGCCGCCGUCGUCGUAAACACGGUGAAUAAGUAUGUAGCUCGUAUGCCGGUAGAUCGUUAUGCCCGCGAGUACAAUAUGAAUCACAAGAAUCGUGGAUUGGCCCUCAUAUUCAAUCAUGAAUAUUUUGAUAUACCUUCGCUAAAAGCACGGGCCGGCACCAAUGUAGAUGCCGAGGAGUUGCGCAAAGCAUUGAAGCGUUUGGACUUUGAUGUGUCAGUGCACAAGGAUUGCAAAUUGCGCGACAUACUCAAGCACAUUGAGAAGGCAGCCGGACAGGAUCACAGCGAUAACGAUUGCAUUGCUAUUGCGAUCUUAUCGCAUGGCGAGCACGGCUAUAUCUAUGCUAAGGACGUGCAGUAUAAACUGGAUAACAUUUGGCAUUACUUCACUUCGCACAUUUGUCCUACGCUUGCUGGCAAGCCGAAAUUAUUCUUCAUUCAAGCGUGCCAGGGCGAUCGUCUUGAUUCGGGCAUAAUGCUAGAGAAGAGCGUCACGGAAACGGAUGGCGAAUCCUCGAUGAGCUACAAAAUACCGAUACACGCUGACUUUUUAUUCUCAUACUCUACGAUUCCAGGUUACUAUUCCUGGAGAAACACUACAAAUGGCUCGUGGUAUAUUCAGUCGCUCAUCCAGGAGCUGAAUGCAAAUGGCAAAAAGUACAACAUACUCACACUGCUCACAUUCGUUAGUCAACGUGUUGCCGUCGACUUUGAAUCGAACGUGCCAUCGACACCGAUGAUGGAUCGUCAAAAGCAAAUUCCGUGUGUGACCUCGAUGUUGACUCGCAUAUUGCGCUUUACGGACAAACCCUCAAGCAGCAAGGCGGGCUAACCAUAUAAGGGAUUUAUAACUAUUCCUCUAACCUAAUCACCCACCAUCACACCACCUCGACCUCAAUGCCUGGAUUCCAUUUAACUUUAAGUUUAAUUGUUAAUAUCACAACGUUUUGGGUAGAAACAAACAAAAAAAUCCCAAAUUCAUCUUCCAUUAUGAUUUUUCACAUAUACAUUAAGCGCAAUUAUCAUGCAUUUGCAUAAAUUAGAAUUAACAUAUUUACACACAUUUAUAUAUAUUUGAUAAACACAUAUAUGCUUAAACAAACAAAUACAAAUGAAGUGCAGACUGAAGCAGAACGAAA